AUGGAGGCGGUCUUCAGUGACUCUCAGUCAGCCGAAGGCACUUUUGUGGACCAGUCUUGUCCAUCAACGGUCUCCAGCCAUCUCCAGCCUGAAUCUUAUAAAUGCCACACGUGUUCCUCCCGCAAUAUCAAUCCUGCCCUGCUAGAGAAACUGCGGGUCAAUAUGCAGCAGCGUCUGUCUGCAAAUCUUUUGUCUGGUUUGGAGCAGGGGGAUCUUCAAGCUACAUCGACUUCCCCAUGUAGUAUGAGUAGUGCUCAGGUUUUGGCCAAUGCUACUGAUAGAGCGCGCCAGCUAGGCCUUAUUGUGGAUUCCAACCCUGUGGCUUCGGACAGACUUCAUACAGACGUUGGCGGAAUGCAUUCCACCUGCAGUAAAUCGGUAGGAGCUUUCUAUUGAAGAAUCAGUCCUAACCCUGAACGUUCAUUGUUGAUUUGCCUGGAAUGCCCAAAUGCUCUUAACUUGUAAUUUUAUCUUUUAUCGUUAUUUAACGAAAAAAAUUACGUUUGAUGGGUCAGCUAGUUGGCAUGUGAAUGAGAAGGCUCAUGAAUAGUUUUUGUAGUGGAUCCUUGACUUGUGUCUCACCGUCAACGGAGGAUGCAUCCGGGCAGAUUGACUCGGACUUGUUUCUGGCACAUGGUGGGUUGUGGAAGAGAGUGAGACCGAUACAACGCAGAUUUAUUGUUAUCCCUCUUCGCCAUUGAAAGCCAGUCUGCCGAAAGUCGUGCUUUAAGGGUCGCUGAAUGACUUGCCGUAUCGGUCCUCCUCUUGACUGCUACAAAAAUCUCACAAAGGACCAAAUCACGUGCAAGUCAUCACUGUGCUCUCGAAACAGUAGUAGUUUUCGUUGUUGAACACGGACGGCUUAUCGUUCUUGAAGUAGUUUGGCAAAUCGUUUUCGUUCCGACAAGCUAAUAGUUAGAUAGCGAACAAUCGAAGGUCUGCUUUUUGUUUAGCCAUUUCUCGGUUACCCCUUCGUUGUGCGUUGCCAUACUUCACUGAUGGCACGCAGUCUUGCUUCUGGCUAUAGGACUGCAAAUUUUUGCCGGGUUUCAUGUAGACCCGCUGACAGACAUCGAGAUAAGUUGAACACGCCUUACCUCUGAGAUAGACUCCAAUCGGCAUUUGCUUUUUUCCGUGCAAACUUCACUUUUUCCUAUUUUUCUGUAGAGUGAGGGUGGACUCAUUUGCUGGCGGGAAGCUGAAGACACUGACGUAAAUUUAACAAUGCCGUCUCCACCAAGAGCCUCGAAGCGCAAACAAGACCUGAGUACGACUUCUUGUAAGUCCGCUCCCUUGUCAUUAUGAGGUCGCUUUUCUUUAGCCGUUCUCAUGAAAUGUUUUUUUCCGUAUCGCUUUCUUCAGGAAGUUAGGCAUUUUGCGAUCUAGACCUUUAGUCCCCUUUCUAGGAAGACUGACUUUUACGGAAUUUUGUCAAACAAUUGUUCUUUUCUGCUUGUUGUGAGGGAUGACCAUGAAUCUGACCUUAUAGCACAUUUUUGAUACGUAGACUCUGAUGCCUCGAGAAUUAACACCAGAAAGUCACCUGUCGGUGGUCUGCAAGCCUGCAAGUCGGUUGACUCGCUCUCUGGACCAUCCACACCCAGCACUAUUGCUGUUGGGGGGAGCAGCCAGACGCCUGACUCGCUUACGCCACGAAGUACUCCUGGCAGGUCUUUCCCGCUGUCUUACCACAACACCCUCCGCAUAUACUCACCGACCACCGCCGAUCAUUCUGAGACCGCCGGAGCAUCGUCAACAACGUCAGAAAACGCGACUCCCGAGAACAGCCCUCUUGUUCAUCGUCAAUCUGCCAGCAUGUCUGCGUUGGAGCGUCGGAAGCGACCCAGGUACGGUUUGCGUCUGAAUUUAUUUUAUCCUCCCACCCUUGAGGUUGAAAUUAAAAAUCCCAUGUUAAACUGUUUGGGCCUUAAUAACUUAAGUCCGGCUCCAACAUUUUUGCUAAUGGAAGGAACUUUGAAGUAUUUCACAUAAUAACGCAUUUAAAUGCAAACCUUUUGUGCAAUAGACAACGAGGGUUCAUUGCAGGCGGCGACGUCCACCGGUGCUCUAUACGGUGGGCGCAUCGUGCUACAUACGAUCUGAUUCCCGCCACACGUACCAGGUCACUUUAAGGGCGGCUCCGGCCCCACGUUUGUGAUGAUGCCAUAAAAGCCGCAAUAAGAUGGAGCCACCGCAGCCAUGCUUAUCAGUCCUGAUAUAACUGAAUUAUCCGACUAGUUGGCAACGUUCGAGCGACGACUGAUAGCGUCUCGUGAUAGGUUCAAAGGUGUCUGAUUUACUUCAGCGAGGAAUGCAUUGAUCUGCCGUCGGGAUGGAUUCCUCAGCAUCGACCUUACUUUCGCUGUCGUCUCCUAUACACCAGUCGAGUGUCCGAGCCUGUUAACUAUCUGGUGAUGGAAUUGGGCGCAGUAGCAGACAAGGCUGAACGACUCCAAAUGACCUGGUUUUUACUACAUGUACCAAGCGUCUGCUAUACCAGGAUCGACACAUCACGACUCUCGCAGCCUGCUAUGCGUUGGCAGUUCUCUAGCACCUGGUUCCCCGCCGGCAGAUGCGCUUGCACUCUCGCGGGGCAUACAGAUCGCGAACAUGGCUGUCCAGCCAUCCUCCUGAUCCGUCGUGGUGUUUUUGUUGGUUAAAAUCCUGGUCAAUUGUUGUGUGGGCCAGGGAGUGAAGUGAAGCGCCAAGGCGCGGACUCGGCCGCGCCAUCCACUUGCGCCCUCCCCUGCCUCCGGCCUCCUUGACUCUGUCUUGACACCGCUUUCAGGUGGGGGAGGAGUGCGGCAGAUGCUGCGCAAAUCUACACUCAUUAUAAACUAAUUCACGCGCAAGUCAUCGCCCCUGUCCUUACCCUGCUGUGAAGCACGUCGUGGACAUCGUCGAAGUCGACGUAUGAACUGUCAUAUACAGCUAAAGUGAAGUGUGAUGAAGGGGUCUAGACUCCGAUGUUCAAGUGGAUAUUUUCGUGAAUACAUAUGCGACCAUAUGGGCUCAUGCGACGGCCAACUGUUCUGGGACAGUGUGGAUAGGUGAGACGGGGGUGACGGGUCAGUACUGGAUCUUAUGGUACUUAUUUACCGGCCGCAGUACAGCGGAUUUUGAUAAUUUUUUAUUAAAGAUCCGUCGGGGUCCCAUCAAAGCAAGUAAAAAUAAAUUUACUGCGGUAACGACAUCUGCAUUCCAUCACCCUGCCUUUGGACGUCCGCACCAGAAGAUCUAGCCUGUGCCAACAUUUUCCAGGUCUCGCAGAACCGCAUUGUCCACAUUGCAACGCACCAGUUCGCGAAAGACCGUAGCUAUCCUUUCUUCUGGUCGAUAGAAAGUUGUCUAAAAAGAGGACGAACAUUACAGGCUGCCAGAGUGGACAGUGUCACUUGGGGAGACUGUGAGGGAGAUGGGGAGGAAGUCAGGAUUUUUUGCUUCGUAUGGUAUUUUGAUCGUAUGUUUUAUGUUCAUGAUCCACGGCCAAAUUGCAGAUAGGUUGAUUAUUCUGAAAUUGCUUGGGGUGCCUUUUCUCGCCCCUUCCGCCAUGAGGGAGGCAAGUAGAGUUGUUUAUUCGUCCCAAAGCGGCUGCCGAAUCGCGUUGUUAAUUAAUGCGUCGCCAACGGGAUCGCUGUCGAGCACUCCAUACGACUUUUAUGUUUAAGAGUAGGAAGAAUGAGACAGGACUGACGCUUGUGGAGACACCCUGGAUACUCAUCUGGUUCGGCCCGCCGGUCGGGGCCGUUGCCGGGGUGUGGCGGUUAAGCAUGACCUAACUUCGGGAACCACAGCUGGGAGCUGGGUGUCAGUUAAGGGGCGUGCCGAGCAACCACCACACACACCGAGCUCAUGGUACGACCUCCCAUUCCAACACGGGAUAUCCCCUUCUGAACACUCCGUACACCCCGCAAAGGACAAUGUAUAGUAUCUAUACUGCAUAGGUUUGAUUACCAUACUGCUGUCUGGAUUUUACGCGAAGUAUAUACGGACCUCUUAAGAAAACCGUACUCAGAUAAUUCCCCAGGUUGUUUACUUUCUCACUCCUGUUUCUUCAAUGCCAACAUGAAUCCGCCUAUCGUUCACGGAAGAGAUGGCGUCCUUGUGUCCGCUUCAUAGAGUUUAUUCGUUAUUGCCGUUCCCAAGGACAUUGUCUUUCUGAAAUUCGUUUUAAAGCUUAAAGUGCUGGUCUAGAAUACCAGUCGUGGUUUAACGACGCUUGCCUAGACAUGCCUGUCAUCUACCUUCAUAAGCAUAUUGAUCCUACUAAAAGUGCACUUUUUCCAGGAAUAUUACAACACUUCAUAGAUUCCUGGACAGCCUACCAUAAUUUCAUUUAGGUAAGACGCCGGAAAAGUAGUUUGGAAUUUGAAGAACCACUUGUACUGGUUUAAACCAGUUAGUUUUGAGAUCAACAGCCAGUCAACACAACGGUACCCACCCAAUCCAUGCGUCGUUAAGAUUUCCCGGGCAGGGUAAUUAACCCGGCAGAUGCGUGUGACUGGAUAAUAUUCCAGGUGUCGGUAAUGAGAAACAGGACUAUCUAGUGGUAAUCGGACUCACUACGAACACCAAUGAUGUAGGCGCGUUGAUUGGUGCUUCGAGCACCGCUUGUUAACCAUACCACAGAAAAUCCACUGCCUGCGCACCUGCCCUGUCGCUGCUGCUCUUGAGGAUGGCUGUGAGUAUGAAUCCGAAACAAAACCAACGAAGUCCCUCUUCCAGCAAUCAGUCAGUGCUACUUGAAUCUCGCUUUUUCGCUCACACAGGCAAUAUUGAGCUAGUUGCGUCGAAUCCAAAGCGGACCUGACCGUCGGUAACUGAAGACAAAACUUUGUCUUUAUACAUUGAUGUGGAUUAAGUUCAUCCUUCUCAUUACUCUUCGUAAAGCUGCACGGUGCCGGUUGCAUUUGUCUACUUACUCUGUCGUUGCAUCCUUCGUCCCUUUCUAGACGCUCCCUCUUUUUGGACCUUCAAAGACACCGGUCGGAAAAGCGCGCUCGAGAAGCAUUUCCGAAUAGUUUGGGGGCAGCUUGGGCAAAAAAUUACCAGGAGGCUAGCCGCAGUACAUACACAAACGCCCUAUUUCUCCGCAUUUCAGAACGCAUGUAAGCUAUUUUCGUCAUCAUUCGGGAGGCCUAAUUACCCCUUUUAUGUGUAUUACGCAUAGUAAAGCACCACUUACUUCUGUUUGUCCUCUAGCUCAACCGGUCGCGAGCGUGAUCAGCGUCUUCCACCAACAUGCCUUGAUAGAACACCACUGUGCCGCUUAGUUCUGUUUGAUCACAACGAUAAGGUACGUCCAAUCCUUUUCUUGCUUUUUUUUCACCUGUAUCGACUAGCACCAACGCUGCUUUUCGUCAUCAGAAUCUAUGGUACUGCCAAGCAGUGUAGCCUAUUUCCUCUGACUUAAGACAAUACACGAUUCCCUGGACCUCCUGUUUUAUGACCCGAGCCGACGAAGCAGGCAGUAAUCAGUGGUUGUCACUGAGAACGUCAAUCCAUGGGGCAGCUGAGAAAAUCCCUAGAUAUACCCAGCGACGCUGCAGUGACUGGGUCAACGGAAGAAGUCAGCAGUUGUUUGCUCAGACGGCUCGAGCAAGGUCCCGUAAUGAUGAGUCCUUCCGCCAAUUUCGAAAGAUGACGGCAAAGUCGGCCAGGGAUGCCCGGGAGCAAUAUUGAGCUGAAGUAGCGACCUCCAUGGAACAGACCUCGAACGUUGGUGACACUCGAAAGCUCCACCGUCUGAUCCGCCAAGUUAGUGGUAAGCCCUCUACACUGAAUGACUGUUCGCGACGUUAAUGGCGGCUUUACUGCGGACAACUCGGCCAAAGUCAAGCGCUGGCGUGAGCACUUCGAGCAACAUCUCAACUUCGAUACCCACCCCGCCCUUGCUCUUCUCUGCAACGGAGUUUCUUCCCUCCAACCUAUGCAGUGCCAUACGACCCCCCCCCCUCCUGAUGACUGGGACCUAGGCAUCCUAGUACCUAUCCUCAUGAAGGGAGAUAAGACAAGAUGCGAGGACUACCGUGGCGUAAGCCUCAUCGACGUUGCUGCGAAGAUCUCCACUAUUUUCCUACUCAGACGAUUCCAGGACGUGCCUGACUCUAGGACGAGGCCCAACCAAGUUGGAUUUCGUGCCGGACGUGGAUGCGUGAACCAGAUAUUCACACUAAGGCGCAUUCUCGAAUUUCGCCAUAGCUACCAGCAACCGACGGCCGUUUGCUUUGUUGACUUUGCCGCAGCGUUCGACCCCGUCCAUCGUGUGUCCCUAUGGCGGAUAAUGGCACUAGAUGGUGUCCGCCAAAAAUCAUCGCCAUGAUCAAGGCCUAUUAUCGCACCACCACCGCGCAAGUUCUGGUCCGCAGCAAUCUUUCCUAACCGUCUGGUAUUCGGUCUGGCGUUUGGCAGGGUUGUAUCCUGUCGCCCAUUCUGUUCAACUACGCUAUUGACUGGAUUCUCAGGAUUGCCCUACAUGAAAGUGAUGGCGUUGAAUUUGCGCCCGGACACUGACCGACUGAUCUCGACUGGGCCGCAGAUAUUGCCUUACUUGCUUUAAGUCUUGGUGAUCUGCAGUCUGUGCUGUCAUAAGUGAACAAGUGAAAGGGUGACCGGGUGCCAUGGUGAACGCUAAAUUGGUCGGUUUAUCCAUAAACGCUGGGAAGGCUAGUGUUUUCAAGGUGCAUUCCUGAUCAGGGAAGGCACCUCUCGGGAUUGAUGGCUGUUAACUUGAAGAAGUAAACAGUUUUAAAUACCUCGGGGCCAGGCUACUGCCGAAUGCGCAGAGUAAGGAUGACAUUGUCUCCCGAAUUGAUGCUGCCCACCGGAUUUUCUCAAGCUUUAGAAAAUGUCCAUGGAUCCGACGUGACAUCUCCAUGGCUACUAAGAUUCGCGGUCGGAUCUGUCCUCUAUGGUUGUGAAUGCUGCGCUGUGUGCGUGGGGGACGAGGGAAAACUGGAGGUAUUUGGCCAUCACCGCUCGGAGACCAUCCAUCGAGUGAAGUACAUCAACUUCGUCUCAAAUGAGGCAGUCCGCAGUCGCUGCGGCGCCAUCGCAAGGAUCUCUCAAGCCAUCCAAGAAAGACGACUGAGGCGGUUUGGGCGUGUUCUUCUUCGUCCACCUCAGUAGCCCAGUGUUACUGCCCUCGAUACAGCACCGUUACCCCAUUGGGGGGGGGGAGGGGGGUCGAAGAGGGGAUCAACUCAGAACCUGGUUCGACACAGUCCGUCAAGACAUGGAGGUGGUUCUUGGACCUUCGGUAUUCGAUCUCCCUUGUUAGCGAAGAGAAUGGAUUGAGCUGUCCCGAUCUGCUGUCAUGGGUCGUCACGCGUGUGGAGGUGUACUUCGGGACAUCAUCGAGGCUGGCUAGAUCAGGCGUGAUCGCAGCCGUACCAAGUACAAGUAAAUACGAAGGCAAUAGAAGUGGGCAUGUAAGUGCACUUCUUAUGGUCAAGGAUGAUCUUCUCGGGAUGUCCGCUUAUCCGCGGUAGACGGUGGUCCUCCUGCGCUAAUCGACGAUUUCUGCUGCCUUUAGUCGAACGUUUGUGUACCGGAUAAGGUAAGGGAGGGAGCGAACAGCACGUGUGACCUCCGACUUCGUCAAAACCACUGGAAUCGACCUAAAAAUCAGUCCGAGGACCAUCCAACGAGUCUAAGAGACCGCCGGAGGUACAGUAUCUACGGAUGCGAGGCAUGACCCAUGCUUUCAUUACAUAUCCGGUUCUAGAGCAUUUGGUCCGUGGUGUUCUCAUUCAUCUCUCCGAACACGUUUCCAGCAAACGGCUGUGCAGUUAGUCAAGAGCCAAUCCUCUCAUUUUCCCUUACCACGUAUUGAUAAUCUAUUGGUCCGAUUGUGCCUGUUUCCAGCCGUCAUUAACGAUAGCGUCGAGCUACUCAACUGAAGACGUAAGCAAGCAUGGCAAAAACUGGUUGCGAACAUAUUCUGUACCCAGUUGUCUUCAGUUUGCUGGCCUGCUGUGCCCACUUGAAUUAACUUCGACUCCGACCGACUACAAUGAAGAACGAUUACCUUCGACGCUGUCCGCCUACGACAUGGAGCCGGUCCUAUCAGUCACGAUAAAUGCCGUACAAGUUAGUCAAACCAGAGAACCUGGACCAUGGAUUCUUUCUUGUGCCGUGGCUUGCCGAACAUCGACUGCGUAGCGCCGCUUGGCUGACGGAGGGGUCUCCACAGUUCCUCUCUUCUAAAGUGGGCUUUCUCAUUCGCCCCUCCGGCAGAUUAGUUCAAGAUCCCAGGACUGCUAUGUGCUGGAUAAAAGUUUAUUGUAUGGCGGGCAAAGUUCAUCAUGCACUGUCUUGUUAUAGCUAGCGGACCCGUAUGAUCGAUGCCGAAAGGUUUUACCAUUUAUCCUCCACCGCCUGUUUGUCAGACCUAGGGCCUGCCUAUUUCUCAGUUUCGCAGUGGUCUACGGGCCAUGGCCGGCUGUGGCCUAAGCGAGCAAGUAAAAUGUCGGGGACGGCGCUAUAGAAUAGUCAUUUUCUCAUCCACAUAAGACCAUUAGGCGUCAUAAGUUUUCAAUAAAGGUUGGUGACGCUAUGGUGGGCGCGGUUGGAUUUUUCACUGCUUCGGAGUCCUCCAGCGGACUGGCCUUUGUAAACACCUUGAGCUGCAGGCGCAGUCAGACGCUCUCAAAUGUACCCUCUGCGCAGUGCUGGUUGCCCGUCUCUGCUCCAAACAUUUAGCGACAGUCGUCGAGGACUGUAAUCUUCCAAAAGAAUUUAGUCAAUCCCUGUGGCAAACAUGUAUAACGCAUAUGGUUUAAUUCGUGCUCAAGGCCCUUAGUGAUCUUUGGUUACUUUUAGGGUUUGGAAUCUUCAGUACGCCUCUCGCGAGGCGAGGUUGUCACGGAACUGCGUGGAAGAAUUAUGCUUAUGGAGGAAUAUGAACACUACGUGGAUCCGACCGCCGAGUAAGCAAACUUCAGACCUCUUUAAGACGAUGUUUUCAUUGGUGUUAGCAAUUUUAUUCAUCGAGACGCAUAUCUGGGUCUUCCUUUCAAGUCAUUUUGGCCUCUGAGAGGAAAUUGUAACACUAGGCUGUCUGAAGCAUGAGCUUUCUUAUUCAUGAUCCAAAUGUAACUUACUGCACCUUUUGUUGUUUCGUCGACAGAAGAUUAUGAGCGCGAUGUAUAUUAGUGUACAGGUCUGAUGGCGAAUAAUCGAAAACGUGCGUCGGCCGACUGCGUUCUCUAAGACGGGAAACCCUUGGUUCAGUUAUCCCUUCUAUUUUUUUUAUCAGGAACUGCGACUUGCCAUUCUUCACUGGCCAAAUUUGCGACUUUUAGCUAGGGGAAUUCUCUCGUACAUUAUGCCUAGAAAUUAUCGUCUUUGUCUCAUGCUAGAAGUUGCCAUUAGGCUUGGCGGUCUUUGCUAUUGUCUAACCGGCAGCUUGAUUUAAUACCUUGAUUUUGAAAUGGUAUCAUUGUUAUGUCUUAGUCCUCGGCCUUAACGACUGCACGUUUAGUAUUGUGUUGUCUUUCCUCUCCUCACCCAAAGGUACAAUCGUUACGUUAUUUUGUACAACGAUUUUGGCGAUAACGGGGUUGCUGUUGAUGCAACUCAGUUUGGUAACGAUGCUCGCUUCAUUCGGCGUUCAUGCACACCCAACUGCAAGGUAGGCUUCGAGUUUACUUAUGUUCUGUGGACCGUCCAUCCUCUGGUUUUUGUACAACAAGACUAGACUUGUUUACAGUCCGUUUUAAUGUUUUGAUCUUUUUAAAUUUCGGUUUUAUUCAUCCGGCUACCUGGGCCCCGUCAAGUUUAGUAUGGUACGACUUCCCCUCAUACAGUACUUGUAACCUGCCUAAUGCAAUAGGCGAGUAUUCGCGUUUAUGUUGGUCGAAUUUUGCUCAUAGAUAACCUUGCUUCCUUUACAACCAGACUUUCGUGUCUGCUCGGUGUGGUGCGGAUUGUGUAACCAGGAUUACGGUUCUUACAUUGUGACGGUCACGCGACUCAUGUUUUUCGUAGCCCGUAUGAACGUCUAUUUUAGUUUUAAUUUGCGUCCCUCCCAUCGAUGUAUUUGUCAUCUAUUAUAGCUCGACCACUUCAUCGUUUGCGGCAAAAUGCACGUAGUCAUUCGUACGAUCCAAGAUAUCUCACCGGGUGUAGAGUUGACUAUCCCCUUCGAUGUGGAUUAUACAUCCUGCCGCUACCCACUGGACUGCGCCUGUGCACGCUCGCGAUGUCCUGUCCUCAAGUGGCGACGCAAGUUACUUCGCAACAAGGUUAUGCCAAACCUAGAUUACAGCAAAUGUAUCAGUUCGAAGCUCAAGGAGUACGUUCUCCCAAUUUCUGUCUCCCCUGUAUUUUUUUUGACAUUUUCUUAGCUUCUUUUGUCUUGUCAGCAUGGAUACUAUCAUCUGCUUGAAAAUUACUCAUUUUGACUCCCCGUGACACGUUUAUGGACUGAUAUCUUUUCAUUGUACCCUCAACACCAAUAUCAACUAGGUGCCCAAUCACGUAACUCGAUUCGAGACGUAUUGGCGACCCGCUUGGUCUACGAUUAUUUUCACCACAUUGCUCGUGUCCUUCUGAAGACAGUUCAUUCGUUGGGGUGGACCGACAAAGAGAGGGGCAACGGGGGCCUCGGUCGUACCUAUCUUAUUCAUCCUGUCUUCAGCCAUCCAUACUCAUGGCGCACAGAUGAGGUCAAACCAAUAGGUGACAGCACUGUAAAACAGCGUUUUCAUCAGUGGCUCCCAUUACUCAGUCGUUGAGCUACAUGAAAAUCAUUGUAAUUCGAACCCGGCCGUCUCAUAUAGCACGAAUAACCAUUGCUCACGUCACGGUCAGUUUUUUUCCUUUCAUGCAUGCUUUGGAAGCAGUCUCCAUAGACUCCAACAGCUGCAACCACCAGUUUUCUUUCAUUUUAGGACAAUCAGUCAGUCUUUCUCUAGUGGCAGCAAUUGAAUUCUAGUGGUUUUCCUUAAUCCGUACAUGAAUUUCAACUGUAGUUUCGUCAAAACGCGCCGCUUCCGAAUUAUCCACUAGUUUACUGCAUACCAGUGUAUACAAUCAUUUUCACUUUUGAUUUGAUAGACUUUCUAAACUGCUGUCUGACGAUGGCUCCUAUGCAUUCUCGCAACUUGACUUCUCGAAUUCUGCCACGAACUCGCCGGCAAAGAGCGACACAAUGUCACCAAGUUUGACCCGACGACCUGUGAUUGGUGCAGCUGCGCUCCUUAGCCCGCAGCGUUUUGCCAUGCCCGCGGAUCUCGCCUCACCGGCCCGGUUGAAGGCCAACCGCUUUUCCGCAGCGCGGGAGGUUGCUGUCACUGCCACCGGGUCAUCAUCGUCGGCAGCCCGUCAGCUUUUUUCGUCUCCAGCGCGACCUUCGAUAACUGCUGUAAAGGACGCGGAUUCCCCGAAUCUGAAGACCACCACUACCCUUUCUGGAGAGAGUAACACUAAGCCAAAGUCCCCAAGACCUGUGUCUCUGCAGACUCCAGCCAAGGAAGUUUCGGCUGUGAUAGUUGAUCCGGCUCCUCCAAAUAAACCAGGUGAUGACGCUGCAAUUGAAUCUGGGACAACUUGGUCUCUUCGUCCCCGCAAACGUUCUUCGCGCCAGUCUUCCGGCAAGGAGGACUCUAGUGAUAAUCGGCCAACUGCUCCCGCCAGCGGAUCCGUUGACCCGGUCAGUUACUGACCUCUGGUGUUUUUCUCUGGUGGCAUCGAAUUUCGCUUGCAUUCAACCCGUAGUUUUAUUAAUCGCUGUAACAUUCUUUAUGGCUGCUCUUUUUUGUUGCAUAAUUCCCCUCAACCACACUGGACAACUGAUAUAGAGGGAUCUGAAUCCAGUCAACACGUUUUCAUAUUUUCUAUCUUAGUAAUAUUUACCGCGUGUUAUAGGAGUUCUGUCCACACGCCUUCCCAAAAUCCCUCAUCUGAUUCCACACGUUUACCUUUUAACGGUAACCCAGAUCUAAGUUUGUUACAAGGCACUCGGAUUCCGCCUCAGAUGCCUUACCACCUAGAAACCUGUCUUCAAGGUUUUCUGACAAGCACCCAGUUAUACUGUGCUUGUCUUUACCAUUGGUGUAUAGGAGAUGUGCUGGGCAGAACCUUUAAUUUGCUGUGUAAUGGCCACCAAAUCAGUUCGGAUUAAGAAGGAUAUGGGUGCUCGUAUAAUUAACUAGGUUCUGCGUAAAAACUCAACCAUCCAUUAUUUACAGGGUUACCUAGCCCGAGUUCGUUUUUGUGCACUAUUGCCAAAUGGUCUUUAGUUAGAAUUCGUCUAUCCAUGGUCACUUGUAUUCUUGACUUCAUUCCUUGCGUUUCAGCCUCCCUUCGAGUCCAUUAUCACAACGCGUCGUCAGGCGGCCAGCACUUUGCGUCCGUCCGAGACAGAUAAACUUAGGCGCACCACGAGGCGGACAUCCUAG